AUGUUGUCGUUACUACGGCUAGCACGGUGUUCUCUUAGGAAUGGGUCUGUUUUGUCGUUAUCACGGUCCGUUAGUGGUCAGCCGAAAAAGUGCGUGAAUAUCACUUUCUCUUGGAAGAACGGACGUAAUAAGACCGUAUACGCGAAAGUUGGCGACAACUUAUUGGAUGUUGUGUUAGAUAACGAUGUUGAUAUCGACGGGUUCGGCGCUUGUGAAGGCACACUAGCAUGCUCAACCUGUCACCUCAUAUUUGCCAAGGAAGAUUUCGAUAAUUUGCGGGAUCCCUUAACAGAAGAAGAACAGGAUAUGUUGGAUUUAGCCUAUGGUUUAACUGACACACUCAUAAAUAUAGUCUUGUGCCCGACCGAAGACAUGAUAUCACGAUUAGGUUGUCAGGUCAAAGUCAACGAGGAUAUGGAUGGUAUAGUCGAUAAUAUUGAUAUUCGUUCUUCAUUACGCAAACCUGCCAAACCGAUCUUAAAGGAAUCUGUUGAACCAAAAAAUCCAGAUUUUAAACAACAACGAAAAAACAAAAAUAUUUCCAAAUUAAAAAAAUACAAAAAGCGUCAAUUGAAAAAGAAACAUGCAAGCAGACAGUGGAUGGCAAGAAAAUCCCAAGUAACAAAUGAACGGAAAACGCCCAAUGAGACACAAGAAGAGGCUUUAAACUAUCUUAGGAUGUGGCAUGAUGAUCAUAAGAACUGGAAAUUUAAAAAGCUUCCUCAGUCCUGGUUAAUAAAAAAUGCACUAGAUAGAAAAAUGAUUCCUAGUUCGGAGUUCCGAAUAUUUAAACUCUAUAUUAAAGGACUAGUUGGAUGUGCUCGACAAGACUUAUUAAGUCAAUGCUCAAAGAUAAUCGAGGAACAAACUGAUGCUUUGGAGACAAAUACGGAACUUGUGAAUAGAGGAGAUAUGUCACCGGACAAUAUUAUUGGUCAGCAAAAGUCAAGUAUGUUUCGUCCAUAAUAAAUCCAAAGAUUAUUUAAUACAUUAUGCAUACAUAUGAUGGGGCAUCUUGGUUCGAUGCACCUUAGUGUUGGGUCCAACAUCGUCCAUUACUUAGGUAUCAUACUUUUUUUAUUCAAAUUAUUAGUUAUGAAAACAAAAACAUGACUAAAUACUUAAAGUGUGAAUACGAACUGGGAUGAAAAAAGCAGUGACGGCGUGGGAUAGCUGAUUAAGUACUAAUGGUUUCCUUCAAACUGUUUAUGUAUAUUUGCACUUAUAUUCAGAAUAAAUGAUUAUUUGAAAAUCAUCUGUAAGGUGAAAAUGCAACCUGCAUAACGCACAGUUCUACGCUGAGCUCAGAUAUGAGGUUUGUAACUCAAAUAAUCGUCCACAUGUUUCCAGAUAAUAAAGAGAACCACUCUAUGUCACCAUAUGCCAUCUAUAUUUUUUGUUGAAGACUCAGUAAGUGUAAUGUGACUUACCAAGCACGGCCUUAUAUAUUGCGCUUUGAAGCCCACUUUGAGGAAGUACUACUGAUACUAUACGGCUGCUCAAAUCGAAGUGCUAGGUAAAAAGGGUUUCGAAUAUGAGACUGAUUGACGGUUAGAACUCAACUACUGCUUCACAAAGACUGUGAAUAACUACAUUAUUAGCAUGUUAUUAUUUACAAAAAUAAACAUUAGUCUCUGACUAAUAUAACUCUGCACAAAUAUGGAUUUUACUUCACUACAGAGUUUGAUAUAUAAAAUCUGCUGCUUGAAUGUGAUUGAUCAUAUCAUAUAACUAAUAUUAUUUAAACACAUAAAUAUU